GUUGAAGUAAAUUGUCCCUGAUAGAGGGUAUUUACAGAUAUUUUUCUGACUUAUAAUCUUUCCGGAUACACACAAUAUGGCGCUCUUCCUGCUUCUGUGCUUGUGUUGCCUUCUUAAAGCUGGAAAUGCUGGACUUUGUGACGCAACGGAUUUUGAUCCGUGUUUGUUUAAAAACAACUUAAACAUUGUACCAUAUUUGAAUACCAGACACCCUUCAGUUGAUUUCUCGAGAACGACAGAUGACACUAAAUAUUGUGAUCUUUUUGCUCUUGAUCAUGGAAAGUGGUACUGGAGCAGUUACAACAUGACAAAUUACUGUGUCGAUCAUAGAAAAUGUGGAACUAACGACCCGAUUUAUCUUAAUGGAAGCAUACCAAGUCCAGAAGACAACGUUAUUGAUGCCACAGCUUGUGUUCGAACGUUUGGAAAUUGUUGUGCAAAGACAUUGAAUCUGAGAUUAAAGAACUGCUGGGAUUUUAUGGUGUAUUGUUUCCCUGACCUUGAGUCCUCUUGUCACAGCAGAUUCUGCUUCGAUAUCGACUUAAAAGUUGAAACAACAACACUAUCAACAACAAUGAAAUCAACAAAAACACCAACUGUUGACUUGACAUAUUUGAUGGAUUCAGAUAGUGAUAGCUGGGAAGAUAGAAGAGAUGUAUAUACUGACAAACAAAAUGGAACGUGUAGGACAAGUUGGGUGAAAAUUGCGUUGAUAGUUUGGUUUUUCGUUUCUUUAGCAGUAAUCAUAAUAGUGUUUGUCAUAUCUUCAAUCGUUUACAGAAAGUCAAAAGGUUUUAUCCAUGGAAAAGAUGAACAAACCAAUAAACUAACGAUGUUGACUCCAUGAACAAAAAGUACACGUGAUUGUUUAAAAUUUUGUGAAGUUGUUUUAAUCUUAGAAAUCGCGUAUCAUAUUGCUUGAACAUAUAUGAAAUGAGGCUUCAUUGACGGGGAAAAAGAAUAAUGUAUGAAUGGAGGUCACAAGUCAAAAGAAGGAACAUUUUUUACCGUUUUGUAUUGCUUUUUUCUUGUCUUUUUAUUAACAUUUUAUUAAAACCUUUUCACACUCAAAAAUGUAAUUAUUUUCAGAAUCAUUAACCGUAACUUUUCUUAUAAUGAAAUAAUCGGAAGUUAUGAUUUUGGCUACAAAAGUGAUUGAGGUUUUUGUUAUAAGUAAAGCGGGCAAUCGAGGUUUUUUUGUCAAGCCGUUUAUAUCUCUUUUUGUAUUGUUUUUAUUUUAAGUUGACAUUUUACUGAACUCUCCUUUUCAUACACAGGAAAAGGGAUAUCUUUGAGACAAUCAAAACAAGACAAAAAAACUUGUAGAUUUGGUUAAUAGGAAAUAAAUGAUUUACGUGUUAUUUAAUUGUAGUUAAUUUAUUAAUAUGUCAUACUUUUUUACUUGUCAAAUAUACAUUUUGAUAAUGAUUUUAGUUACUGAUAAUUGAAAAUUAAUCAGACAUGCAAGUGAAAAUAAAACUUAUCGUUAUAUUACUUUUCUAACGUUUUAUAUAGCUGUUAAAGUAAUAAUAUGUCAAUCCAAGGGUAUAUAGUGAGUGACCGAGUGAAAGUCAACUUAAGUUUACUUUUUGCCAGAAACUGUUUCAUUUGCAUGAACAAUAAAUAACUCACGUGAUCCAAGAAACUUUAUGUAAAUUUCCAUCGGAAUUUGCCUGUAUAAUUAAAUUUAUAAAUAGAGUGCGGCAUUCUUUUUAUAUUUUAGGCAGAUUUAUAUUUUACCGAAACAUUUUCCAAUAGCCACUUUUGGUCAAUCACCAUAAACAAAGUCAUUCUUUUAAAAUAUAUAGUCAAUUCAGCUCAGUUUAACAGUGAAAAGAUGAGCAAAAUGUCACCUUUUUUGUUUGUUUUUACAUAUAAAAACUUGCUGGAGAUAAAGGACAGGUUUAGGGAACGAACAUAUUUCGAAUCAUCUUUGUUUGUUCCGAAAAAUAGCCACUGUAUUUUUUGCAUAUUAUCAUAUUUUUGUUCAUUAACCUUUUUGUGUUUACUUGAUGUCUUUACUCAGACAAAUAAAAGAUAAUA